AUAAGCAUACAAAAUAGCUUUUUCAUCAUUCUUUUUCUUAGCAACUGUUUUGAUUUGGUUUGGCAAUUUCUUUAUGUCAAACUACAAAAUGAAGGGUCUCUUCAAGGGUCUUAGAUACAUUUCUCAAAUCUUCGAAAACGAGAAAGAGCCAGAGAUGCAAAUUGGAACACCAACAGAUGUAAAACAUGUUGCUCACAUUGGUUGGGAUGGAGGAUCUCCCAAUCAAAAUUCACCGAGCUGGAUGAAUGAUUUCAAUGCAUCCGGUGGAUAUUCAUCGUCGCCUCUAGGAAAUAACAAGGAGGAUGGCUCUUGCAUUUCUGAAGAUUCAACUCGAUCACGUGAUAUACCAAGAUAUCCAAAAUCGUCGAGAGACCGUUCGAACAAUUUGGAAUCACCAGCAAAAGAACGAUCACGACGUGGUUCUUCCAACUCUAGUGGGAAUCCAAAACCUUCACGGAGAUCAAAAGAAUCUUCAAGUAUUUCUCAAGAUGGUUCUGUAAGAUCUCGUCGUAAGAAGUCUAAAGAUUCCGUGAACGGUGGAUCUACAAGAUCGUCGCGGAGAGCACGUGAUUCUCAGACAGAAUCUUUAAACGGUUCAAUUUCUGAUGGAGAAUCAUUGAUAUCACUCUCCUUUGAAGAUCUAUAAGGACACAUAAUGUUCAAAAAAGUGUGGUCUCAAGAUAUCAUAUACAGCUUUGGUUGGUUACUAGAGGAAAUUCAA